GGUUUCUACGAGGAAGAACUUGAUGUCCAGUUGGUACUAUUCGAUCAGAUGCUGGAUCAUGUACUGCGUAUAGACCGAAUUUACCGUCAACCACAGGGCCAUCUUCUUCUUAUCGGUACCGCUGGUGCGGGAAAGACCACUUUAUCCAGAUUUGUUGCAUGGCUGAAUGGAUUGAGUGUGUUCCAGCUGAAAGUCCACUCCAAGUACACCGCCGCUGAUUUCGAUGAGGAUAUGCGUACAGUAUUGAGAAGAGCUGGCUGUCGUAACGAAAAAAUGUGCUUCAUCAUGGAUGAGUCUAAUAUGCUGGAUACCGGAUUCUUAGAAAGGCUGAAUACUUUGCUGGCUAAUGGAGAGGUCCCAGGUUUAUUCGAAGGUGAUGAGCAUACUACAUUGAUGACUCAGAUUAAAGAAGGUGCUCAAAGGCAAGGACUGAUGCUAGAUAGCCACGAUGAACUGUAUAAGUGGUUCACUCUGCAGGUUAUGAGGAAUCUCCAUGUCGUGUUCACAAUGAACCCGUCUGGAAGCGGCUUGAGAGAACGCGCUUCAACCUCUCCUGCUUUGUUCAACCGUUGUGUGCUGAAUUGGUUUGGCGACUGGGCGGAUACUUCAUUGUAUCAGGUCGGAUCUGAGCUUACAAACACGCUUGAUAUGGAUCGCACCGACUAUGAGCCACCAUUCUCACUACCAGUCGUCUGUGACCUCAUCCCAACUCCACCAACCUAUCGUCACGCUGUCAUAAAUACACUUGUGCAUGUGCAUAAAUCGGUGCAGAAGCUCAAUGAACAAGAGCAGAAGCGCGGCCAUAGAGUGAUGCUUGUGACGCCAAGACAUUUCCUUGAUCUAAUCAAGCACUUCAUGGGCUUGUUCCAUGAGAAACGCCGUGAUCUUGAAGAGGAGAAGGUCCAUCUCAACAUUGGAUUGAAUAAGAUCCGUGAGACUGAGGAGCAAGUAAAGGAACUGCAGAAGAGUCUUACACUGAAGAGCAAAGAGUUGGAAGAGAAGAAAACUGCUGCUAAUCUGAAGCUGAAAGAGAUGUUGGCAGAUCAGCAGAAGGCAGAAGACGAGAAGCGACUUUCUGAACAGCUGCAAAAGGAGUUGGCUGAGCAGCUCAAGCAAAUUGCCGCGAAAAAGACGGAAGUGCAGAAAGAUCUAAGCCAGGUUUCUAAUAAUAUUUUUCAUCAUCUAAUGCAUUUCAGGCUUUGUGUGCAAUUCGUGGUGUUAUGGUGA